AAUUAACGACAUCUAGCCUAAAAAAUGGUGGUGAAAGAUAAACAAGCAGUGAAGUAGAAUUUCCUCAACUGUGUAUGUGGUGGAAGAGCGCUGUAGACAAAAAAAACGCUAUAUUCCUUUCUAACGGAAGUCGAUGACCACAAGAGAGAUCGAAGAAGGAAGAAAAACAAGAUUUCUAGACAUUUGCUUGAUAUAUAUAUAUUUUUUUUAACCGAGAAUUUUGUUUAAAUAACGUCGACAAUCUAACCAGGGAAAGCAAUUGAACGGCCUUUGAAUAGCUAGCAUCGCUAGCGGGAAGUUAGCUAGCUAGCUACAGAUUUGCUAAGCAGACGCUCGAUCGGCUUUUCCAGGAGCCGAGCCGAAAAUUGGUUUAUUCUGUUCGGGUUUUUUUUUUUGAGGGGUGUAGUGUAAACGUAUCUAAGACUAUCAGCAAUGGCUUGUGGAGCUACGUUGAAGAGGACGAUGGAUUUCGACCCUUUACUGAGUCCCGGAUCGUCGAAAAGGAGAAGAUGCGCCCCGGUCUCGCAGUCAUCAGCCCCGAGAAAUUACCUGCGUCAAGAGCCGAGUCCUUUCAGCCAGCUCUCAGUCACACUCACAGCAGAACAAAUUCUUCAUAACAUAAAGCAAGAAUACAAGCGCAUGCAGAAGCGAAAGCAUUUAGAUGGAAGCUUUCAUCAGCCUGAGGCUUGCUCAUCUUUCAUGUCCCAGUCUCACGCCUCUCUUCUGACUGGAUCCAGUUUUCAAGAGACGUCCUCUGGAGCUGUUUCACCCACACGGAGAGAACAGCCGCUGUUCACUUUAAAGCAGGUCGGCAUGCUGUGUGAGCGCCUUUUGAAGGAACGUGAAGAUAAAGUCCGAGAAGAAUAUGAGGAGAUCAUGACAUCCAAGUUGGCAGAACAAUACGACACCUUUGUGAAGUUCACACAUGAUCAGUUAAUGCGGCGAUUUGAGGAACAGCCUGCUAGCUAUGUAUCUUGAGAUCACCAGCGCAAUGCCAAGAUGCGGUAUGCUGCAGUUUACUGAGCUGAACGUCCGCUGAUUCCACCACAGACCUGGUUUUAAAGGAAAACUGCUCCAGUGUCACUCAUGCUGACAGCGGCUGUCUUUAGAAUUUGUCAGUACAUAUUAUUGUUCCUUGUGAACCUGGGUGCUUCCUCUCGUAAAUGUAUACGGACCUUUUAUGUCUGUUUUAUUCUACCAGUGGCCUACUUAUAAUCUGUAUCAUAAGCCUUUUCUUGCAUUCCACAAUGUAUCCAUACAGAUACUGCAAUGCUUUAUUUUCUGGUCAUUUCACAUGUGCAUAGACGUUAGUAUGAAUGGAAGUCCAAAAUGUUGAAUACCUCUUUGCAAGUAUUCCCAGAGUGCUGCACAGCUUACAGUUUAUCCUUCCUAUAAAAAGCUUGAUAGAACAUGUUUUCACUAGCCAAACCAAGUGCAUCCAGAAGAGUAAAAUUCACAUCAUUGUGGAAGUUUGACUGGGACUCGAUAAAGCUGUUCUGUACUAUACAUUGAGCCCAUGAUGUAUUACAUCAAUCAGUUAGAGCUUUUUGUUUCGUUUGCUUUCCUUUGUACUUGUAUAGACCGGGCGUGUUAUGCUUCAGUCGUGGAGGGUCGCAGAGUUCAGUGUUUAGAGUUUACCUCAGUUACGACACAUGAUUUAACUCAUUAUCUCAUUACCAGAGACUUCAUGGGUUGAAUCUGGUAUGAAGGACUCGAAAUUGACACCCUGGUGUACAUUAAAGCAUUUUAUUAAUAAAGA